CACCAUAAUGACUCACCUUUUUAUCAAGAAGCUCUAUUUCCUCCAUUUCUUCUCUUCUUUUUCACGUCUCCUCUUUCAUUGAUGCUCUCAGGAACAAGCUUGAUAACUAACAUCCUUGGAUGUCAAGAGACAGAGAAAGAUUUAGCGAGUACCACGAGAUCGUGAAGAAGGUAAAGAAAGAUCCAACCUUCGAAAAGACGACGGAUCAUGCUGUGAUGGGAAUCAGGAGACAUGUCGCGGUGCCUCCAGGGACAACGUUGAACACCGUGACUCCAUGCGCCGCUUGUAAGCUCCUCCGCCGUCGUUGCGCGGAGGAGUGUCCUUUCUCGCCAUACUUCUCGCCUCACGAACCUCACAAGUUCGCCGCCGUUCAUAAAGUCUUCGGCGCCAGUAACGUCUCCAAAAUGCUUUUGGAAGUUGGAGAAAGUCAGAGAGGAGACGCAGCAAACAGUUUAGUCUACGAAGCCAACUUAAGACUGAGAGAUCCAAUAUACGGUUGCAUGGGCGCAAUCUCCGCUCUUCAGCACCACAUUCAAUCUCUCCAAUCGGAACUCACCACCGUUCGUACAGAAAUUCUCCGCCACAAAUACCGAGAAGCCGCCACAAUCACGUCCUUACAAAACAACAACAACAACAACUUCAACAAUACUACAACAUCAGUGUCUGAUCAUGCUUCUCUCGCUGCGUCCAUUCUGCUCCCACCUCCACCGCCACCGCCUCCUCCUCCACGACCACCAAGGCUGUUCUCUUCUCAGCCAGCUCCACCGCCUACGCCACCGGCUUCUUUACCGUCUCCGUCGAUGGUGGUGUCUUCUUCGUCUUCUAAUUCAUCUGCUACCAAUUCUAUAUAUAAUCAUCCUCCGUCUUCGACGGCUGGAUACAGUAAUUCUCUGUCCAGUGAUAACAAUGUUCAUUACUUCGAUUAAAUCAGAAUUGUGUUCUUGAUUCUGCUUUCUUGAAUGCUAUUGUUUUACCCCUUAUAAGCUAGACGCUUGAAUGUUGGUCCAUGCUGAGGAU